AUGCAGAGCAGACGCCAGAGCUUGCGGCCGUUUCGGCCCUCCUACUUCCAGCGAGUUUUCUUCCCCUCCCAGAUCUCCCCCAACUUCGACAACGUCGAAUCGUCCUUCCAGCCCACCUUCGUCCCCUUUCAGAGCUUCCCCACCUUCGACAGCAGUACCGCCUUCAGUUCCAAGAGCCGCUGGACCUUCAGCUUCGAACACCCCGACCGGCUUCACUUUCACGGCCCCACGACCAGGCCCAGUGGCACCGUCACCGGCCCCGUCUAG